UCGCCUGCCUCCGUACCCCUACUCACCGUUUCGGCCAAAACCAUUGCCUCGCUUAGCUUUCCCACCGAAAUCCUAGCGAUACAGUAGCGACAAGAGCUAGCUGAGAAGGUAACAACAGGAUCGCAGCGUACAAAAUCCUCCGAAACUCCUAUAUUUCUUCUCCAUCUCCGCUCCUACUCGAAACAAUCGAGAAAGCCCCUUAAAAGGGAGUUUGCGGGGGCAAACAUAUGUACGUGAACAAUGGCUUGUGAAAGAGAAAACGGCUUCCUUAGAGUUGCAGCAAGUGCUCGAGUUUCCUAAAUUUUCACUUCUCCGCUGAACUUCUACUCCUGAGGAAUGUUGAGGAGGAACAUUAGGCUGAGAAGAGAGUAUCUCUACCGGAAGAGCUUAGAGGGAAAGGAACGUGAGUACUAUGAGAAGAAGCGAAAGAUUAGGGAAGCCCUUGAAGAGGGAAAGCCAAUACCAACUGAGCUUAGGAAUGAGGAGGCAACACUUCGGCAAGAGAUUGAUCUUGAGGAUGAACAGACUGCAGUUCCAAGAUCUCUCAUUGAUGAUGAGUAUGCUAAUGCAACUGUAAAAGAUCCCAAAAUACUGCUAACCACUUCGCGCAGUCCAAGUGCUCCUCUUACUCAAUUUGUUAAGGAGCUAAAAAUUGUUUUCCCAAAUGCAACAAGGAUGAAUCGUGGUGGCCAGGUUAUCGCGGAAAUUGUUGAAGUUUGCCGUGCGCAUGAUUUCACCGAUGUGAUCUUAGUUCAUGAACACCGCGGUGAACCUGAUGGUUUGAUUGUCUGCCAUUUGCCCUUUGGUCCAACUGCUUAUUUUGAAUUGUUGAACGUGGUCACAAGGCAUGACAUUAAAGAUAAACAAGCUGUAGGGACAAUGUCCGAGGCUUAUCCCCAUCUAAUUCUUGAUAACUUCACAACUAAGCUUGGUCAAAGGACAGCAAAUAUUGUCAGGCAUCUUUUCCCAGUACCUAAGCCAGACACAAAGCGUAUUAUUACUUUUGCUAAUCGGUCUGAUUACAUUUCAUUCAGGCACCACGUUUAUGAGAAACGUGGUGGUCCUAAAUCAGUUGAAUUGAAGGAAGUUGGCCCUCGCUUUGAGCUUAGGCUUUUUCAGAUCAAGCUAGGGACGAUUGAUCAGAGCGAAGCUCAAAAUGAGUGGGUUAUAAGACCAUACAUGAACACUGCUAAAAAGAGGAAUUUGCUUGGAGAUUGAAUAAAAAUUUGGCUACCUUGCAGUUCUUAGCUUUUUAAUUUUUUCUCUAGAAUUUUCACUUAGUUUUUUUUUUUUUCAACUCAUUUUUACUUGUACUAUAAUGCAGAGAGAUUAUUUGAGCUCUUUAUUGGCAGCAUAUGUGUGCCUUUUAGGCAAUUUUGAGGUUUAUGCAAAAGACAGUUAACUGUUUCGACUGAAUGUUUGGGGGGAUAUAAUAUCUGCUUUCUUUUUUAUUGGAAUUUGACUUGUUUCUGUAUUUACAUUAUGUUAUAAUUUGAUUGUUUUGUUAUCGGUUUU